UUUGUGUUGUAUUUUGGCUUAAAACAGCGGUGUUCUUAUUGAAGAUAGAUGUUGUUUAAUAAUGUUGUUUAACUCUUGAAUCCCCACUGUGAUUGAGGGGAGGCUCAUGUCCGAUGGCAGCGACACAGAAACUGGCCAGUUAUCGGUUACCCCCCCUGCCUACCAUAGGGGAGAUUAUCAAACUGUAUAACCUGAGAGCCGAGAAACAACUUUCUCAGAACUUCCUCCUCGACAUGCGACUCACAGAUAAGAUUGUCCGGCAGGCUGGAAACCUGAAGGAUGCGCAUGUGUGUGAGGUUGGACCUGGACCUGGAGGUCUCACCAGGUCUAUUCUAAAAGCUGGAGCCGCAGACUUAUUAGUGGUGGAGAAGGACACGCGCUUCAUGCCAGGAUUACAGCUUUUGUCUGAGGCUGCCCCUGGAAGAAUGAGGAUUGCACAUGGAGAUAUUCUCACACACAGACUGGAAAGAGGGUUCCCAGCUCACAUAGCCAAGACAUGGGACGAUGUUCCCCCCAACCUGCAUAUCAUUGGGAACCUGCCCUUCAGUGUGUCGACUCCUCUCAUUAUAAAGUGGCUGGAACAGAUGUCCAACCGAACCGGGUUCUUUAUGUUUGGGCGCACAAGGCUUACACUGACCUUCCAGAAAGAGGUGGCUGAACGGUUAACAGCCAGCACUGGAAGCCGUCAGCGAAGUCGUCUCUCUGUCAUGGCUCAAUAUCUCUGCACUGUCAGAAGCUGUUUCACCAUCCCAGGACGAGCCUUCGUUCCAAAACCAACCGUGGAUGUGGGGGUGGUGCACUUCACUCCGCUGGCUCAGCCCCAGAUCCAGCAGCCCUUCAAGCUGGUCGAGAAGAUUGUCAAGAACGCCUUCCAGUUCCGGAGGAAGCACUGUCGCACAGGACUCCAGAUGCUGUUCCCCGAGUCUCAGCGUCUGGAUCUGACAGAAGAGUUGCUGCGCAGUGCUGAUGUGGAUCCCACACUGCGACCCACUGAGAUCUCCAUUUCUGAAUUCAGGGCUUUAGCAGACGCCUACUGCCGGCUUUGUAAGGAGAAUCAAGGCCUCAUCGACUAUGAAUUCAGAGAGGAGCUGAGACUCAAGCAUCAGGAAAAGAGACAGUCGGGCAGCAACCGUAAAGGGCUUCACCUUCACACCACAAUAGAGGAAAAUGUUACUGGGAACCGCUAACUCAGGAAACAGCAGACUCUCAAUGUGACAUUUUCAGCAGCUGGCAUGAAUUGCAUUUUUUUUGGUUCUUGAAUGGAGUAUGCAGACUAGUACUAGUAGAGUAGCCAGCAGCACUGAGGUGAAUGUGGCUAAAUCAGCUAAAGUUUUUCAACAAAACAAAAAAAAGUGCAUUGGUUUUGACACUCUUUAAGGUUUUGGUGAAAACGCGGUGGAGCUUAACAUAACGUUAUAGUAGAAAUUGAAAAACAUUGUGGGCAAGAGUAUAAGAACCAAAUCAAACUCGAUGGUCCUUAUUUAUAAAACAUGUAUGCACAGAUUUGAUAUUAGAGAGUGCAUACAUUAAAAUCCACGCCAACAUUCAUAUUUAUAAAAACAGUAUUUGACGUUUCAACACAUUUUAUAAAUGAGGCUUCUAGUCUCAGACUCUGUAUUGAUCAGAGGAAGAGACGGGGUUGCCCAGAAAACAGCUAUAGGAAUGCUUUAAUCAUUGUUACAUUUGCCUAAAAAUGAUUUGACAUAUUCUUUGGGAUACAUGUGUGCUAGUAAGGUUUAUGUUUUUGUAUUAACUAAGACCUUACUCCUAUUAAUAAGGCUGUUGUGUGUUUGUUUAUCAAACAGCAAAAAUAAAGUUUGUGCAGGUUACAGGAUGUCAUUAGGACAAAAAUAACAAUCAGACACCCUUUAUUAUAGGUUUUGACUGUGAAGUGUCAAACGUAUAUAAACUCUUCAAAUUAAGUCACA